AUGAAAUACAUCCAUCUCAUCGUCCCUCCCGAUUAUGUCGACCUGUUGCAGAUCACCGAGGCACAGACGUCAGACUUCGAGCUGAAGACUCUUAAGAGUAACAGAUCGCUCAAGCUGCAGCUCGUCCCCCUCACCACUUCAGACGGUAACAUCUGGUGCGACUGUUCUACAGGCACUCCUCAUCCGGCUAGUGCCACAACCCUAUCGAAAGCAGGUCUUCAAUACCUUGCACAACUUGUUGCACCCCGGGAUUUGCGCAUCAAUAAAGUUAAUCCACCAACGCUUCGUCUGGCCCAAAAUGAAUCGCGACGUAAUUCAUCGGGCCCGCAAGUUUUUAUUGUGUCAGCAAAAUAA